AUGUCGGACAACGGCGCCAAAAUCGCCGCGAAGCGCGCCGAAAUUGAAAAACGGGCAAAGGGCGGUGGCGGCUUCUUCGGCAAGCUGUUCGGCGGUGGAGGUGGCGGCGAUCUCGCGCAGGAGUACAUUUCGCUGGGCAACCUGUGCAAGAUGGACAAGCUGUGGAACGAGGCCGGCCAGGCAUUCGAGAACGCCGCCGACCGCUAUCGCCAGCAGGGCGAUUCCCAGCACGACUGCGCCACGCAAUUCUCGGAGGCGGCGAAUUGCUACCGGAAAGUGGACCCGAAUAAAGCCGUCGCCUGCCUGCAACGAUCCGCCGAAAUCUACACGGACAUGGGCCGCUUUACGAUGGCCGCCAAGAUUCAUGUGUCGAUGGGCGAAUUAUACGAGAACGAGCUGGCCGAUCCGACGAACUGCAUCACGCACUAUCAACGCGCCGCCGACUACUACAACGGCGAGGAGAGCAAGAGCUCGGCGAACAAGUGCCUCGAGAAGGUGGCACAGCACCACGCUGAACUUGAGCACUGGAAGGAGGCGGUUAAUAUCUACGAGCAAAUCGCCUUCUGGACGGCCGACCAUCCGACGCUGAAAUUCGGGGCAAAGAACCACUUCUUCAAGGCGCUGCUGUGCUGCUUGAACAAGGAUCCGUUGGACACGGCGAUCGCGCUCAAAAAGUACGAGGACGCCUACCCAAGCUUCACCGAUGCACGGGAGGCCAAGCUGAUUCGGGAAAUACUCGCCGCCAUCGAGGCCCAAAACGAGGACGACUUCACGGUGGCCGUCGCCAGUUUUGACCGCAUCUCCAAGCUGGACAAUUGGCAGACCGGGCUGCUUGUUAAGGUGAAGCGCCGCAUCACGCAGGGCGAGGACGAGGACGAUCUGCGC